GUGCCAUGCGGGGCGCCCCCCCGGCGGCGGCGGCGGCGGGGGAGGGCGGCGGCGCCCCAUGCCGCUGGGGCGGCCGGGCGGCGGCUGACACCAUGUGCGCCCGGCGCGCGGGGCGAGCAGCGGGCAGCAGCCAUGGCCCCCCCCGGGCCGCCGGGGGCGCCGGGCGGGCGCGGCUCUAGGGCGCCGGCGGCUCGGAAGCUGCUCUGCGUGUGCAGCCUCUCGCUCUGCCUCACCUACCUGUGCUACAGCCUCAUGGCCGGCCCCGGCCCCGGCCCCGCCGCCCUGCGCUCGCCGCCCGCGGCCGCCCCCGGCGCCCCCCGCUCGCCGGCCCCCGCCGCGCCGCGCCCCGCGCCCGGCCCGCCCAGCACCGCCGCCGCCGCCGCGCCGCGGGCCGCCAACGGCAGCCGGGGGGCGGCGGCGGGCGCCUGGCCGCGGGCGCCGCUGGCCCCCGGGGAGGCGAUCGCGGCGCCGAGCGCGGCCUUCGAGCGGGACCCGCCGGAGUCGAGCACCACGGACGAGGAGCUGAGCCGCGGCGGCGGCGCGGGCGGGCGCGGCACCACCACGCCGGACUACGGCGAGAAGCGGCUGCCGCAGGCGCUCAUCGUCGGCGUGAAGAAGGGGGGGACGCGGGCGCUGCUGGAGGCCAUCCGGGCGCACCCCGACGUGCGCGCCGUGGGCACCGAGCCCCACUUCUUCGACAGGAACUACGAGAAGGGGCUGGAGUGGUACCGGAGCGUGAUGCCCAAGACCCUGGAGGGGCAGAUCACCAUGGAGAAGACCCCCAGCUACUUCGUGACCAACGAGGCGCCCAAGCGCAUCCACUCCAUGUCCCGGGACACCAAGCUGAUCGUGGUGGUGAGGAACCCGGUCACCCGGGCCAUCUCGGACUACACGCAGACGCUCUCCAAGAAGCCGGAGAUCCCCACCUUCGAGGUGCUCGCCUUCAAGAACCGGACCCUGGGGCUGAUCGAUGCCUCCUGGAGCGCCAUCCGCAUCGGGAUCUACGCCCUGCACCUGGAGAACUGGCUCCAGUACUUCCCCCUCUCCCAGAUCCUGUUCGUCAGUGGCGAGAGGCUCAUCACUGACCCGGCUGGGGAGAUGGCCAAGGUCCAGGACUUCUUAGGCCUCAAGAGGAUUGUGACAGAGAAACAUUUUUAUUUUAAUAAAACCAAGGGGUUCCCCUGUCUAAAGAAGCCGGAGGACAGCAGUGCUCCCCGGUGCUUGGGCAAGUCCAAGGGUCGAACUCACCCCAAAAUAGACCCCGAUGUCAUCCACAGACUGCGGAAGUUUUACAAACCUUUCAAUGUUAUGUUUUACCAAAUGACAGGGCAAGAUUUUGAGUGGGAGCAGGAAGAAAGCGAUAAGUAGAACCAAGAAAUGAGGAAAAAAGCUCUUUUCUUUUGAGAUGCGGAUCAUCGUUAGAGACACGAAACUCGCACGGGGCUGCAGUCUC